GUUUUUAUUUUGGAGACGAUCCCCGUGCGGACACUGAUGCAAGAAAAAGGCAUUGACGGAAAGUUCAAAUAACAGAAACAAUAUUUAAAAAACGUUCCUUUGGUCACCACACCACAAUUUAUUUUCCUUAACAUCACUGAGCACAAUGCUUGUGUAACAAUAUAUAAGUUUUAGUACGUUUGGGUGAGGACUAAUCCUUUUAAAGAUGAUGCCCCGGAAGCGGUCAAGCUAUUUGGCUAAGGCUGAUUGGCUAAAUUCAAUUUCUUCUUCACCAAUCAUUUAACAGAUAUUUCUUCGCGCCAUUUCUCCUGACCAAUCAGGUCUGGCGUGUCUGUAGCGGGUUGCUAUAAAAGCCACUCGCCGAAGUGCUCGAAAAUAUACUUUUCUUUCAAACUACGCACAAUGGCAAGAACCAAGCAGACUGCUCGUAAAUCCACCGGUGGUAAAGCCCCCAGGAAGCAGCUGGCGACCAAAGCUGCUCGUAAGAGUGCUCCUGCAACUGGUGGCGUCAAGAAGCCUCAUCGCUACAGGCCUGGUACCGUAGCCCUCCGUGAGAUUCGUCGUUACCAGAAGUCCACUGAACUGCUUAUUCGCAAGCUGCCCUUCCAGCGUUUGGUUAGGGAGAUCGCCCAGGAUUUCAAAACCGAUCUGCGCUUCCAGAGCUCCGCAGUGAUGGCGCUGCAGGAGUCCAGCGAGGCGUACCUAGUAGGUUUGUUCGAGGACACCAAUUUGUGUGCCAUCCACGCUAAGAGGGUCACCAUCAUGCCCAAAGACAUCCAACUGGCACGUCGCAUCCGUGGAGAGAGAGCUUGAGCUUUCUAUUUUGGUCACUGACACACCCUAACGGCUCUUUUAAGAGCCACAACCAAACCUAAAGUUCUCAUUCCUGUUGCUUCAUGAUCUGUUGAAACUCAGAAGUGGAAAAUGUGAUAUCAAUCUUUUCAAAGAGCACAAAUUGCUUAGUAAAAUGCUAAUCGGUUGAGAAAUGAUAUAUUUGAUGAAUAAUACAUCUUGCCAAAUUUAUUUUUCAUUUCAGAAUAUGUGAAUACUGUAGUUGAUGCUUGGACUGCAGGUUUACACUUUUAAAAGUUGCAUAACACAGCUUUCAUAAAUUAAUAACAAGGGUUAGAGGCAAUUCUUAGGAAGUAAGACUAGUUUAAUUAUGGUUUAUGUAGCACUUGAUACACAAGGCCACGAAGUGCUUUUAGUUGGUUACAAUAAAGAAUGUAUAAGUGUAUAUAAAAGCAAUGUCGAAAAGCAAGUUCUCUUAAAUUACUUGAUGUGAAAGUGAUCACCAGGAACAAAGGAAUGGGGGAGCAAUGUUUAACCUGCAUUUAAAAGCAAAUUACAAACACCCACGCUACUAUUGUGCUGUAUAAGUAAAAUAACUAUUUAUUCCUAAUUUAAUACCUAACUAAAUAAUUGCAUUUAGUGAGGUUUAUACGAAUUCUGAGAAGUCUGUUUUAUAGGUAUUUCAUGCAUUAAUAUGGAUAUACAAAAUAAAAAAGACACGAUUUGGAUACUGACAUCCAAACCAUAUAGUUACAAAAUUAUCUAGGGAAUUGCUG